UUUGACAUUGUAUUGGUUAAAGAAACAAUCCCAUUGCUUUUAUUAUUUAAGUUAUAUCAGCCUGAACUACUGAUUCUAAAGGAUUUGGGCAGAUUAGAUUGACAACGCAACAUAUAGAGCGCGGCACUCGGAGUAACGCCGCAGCAAACCUGAUGGCUCGGCUGCCGCACGCCAGCCUGUCAUCCCGUCGGCCUGUCAGUGACUAGUUAGUAGCCGUCCGGGGUCUGGCGCACCAGCGUUGGGGUCCGUCCAACCUGCCACAGCCCUCACAACAGAGACACUUCAGGGAAAGAUAACUUUUUAGUAUGUGCGCUAGCUUGCGAGCUAUUCGGCUAACUGUCUGGCAAGCUAACAAGGCAGCAAGCUCGCCAGUCCGCCUCGCUUCGUUUUGAGUCGUGUGUCCUUCCACAUGACACAUCAAGGAAAGCUAUGCACAUCUGAAAAUGACGUCACUUUCUCUGUAUUUACGGUCACAUCCAAAAGUAUGACCGUGCGAUGGACGGGACAUUACGGCGCUACUUCCUACAAAAUCACGGCGACACCCAAAAACUCUCGGGAGCACUCGUUUCUCGCUCAGUUCAGCGGUGACUCUGUGAUGGGCUCGGUCAACUCUCUGUCACCAAACACUGUGUACACCGUGCAACUGGAGGCCAUGGAUGACGCUCUCAAUGUCCUGAGCAGUGCGGAAACUGAGGAGACAACAGCCCCUGAGGUGCCCAGGAUUGUUCAGGCCUACUCCAAGCACAGUGACAGCAUCACUGUGGAGUUCACAGAGGUUGCCGGGGCAACCGGCUACAGCCUGGGGGCAGUGUUGCAGAGCGGCAAUUUUGUCUCGGAAACCGCGGUCACCAGCUCCCCGGCCACCGUGGUUGGACUUAAGCCCUAUACGAACUACAGGCUGAGCGUCACGUCCAUCAACUCAGGGGGGCGGAGCCAACCCUCGUACCCAAUCAAGGCCAGAACAGUGGUGAUGGCCCCCAAGUUGAACCCCACCUCCCCUGAUGAUGACACCAUCCUGGUCACAUGGUCCCCCGUCGAGUACGCCAUCCUCUACACGCUCUGCAUCAUCCAGCAGGGCUCCAGCGCACGCCUCAAGGUCAACACUACUGACCACAACAUGACCUUCAGUGACCUUGAGGCAGGGACAACCUACUGCAUCAAAGGCGCAGCCCAGGACUCGGAAGGUCAUGCUGGUGACGACCUCACUGUGUGCCAGAUCACACGUCCUCCAACCCCAGAUUUGGUCCACGUCCAGGUGACUCAGGGUGGGUCCCUCAGCAUCGUUGUGUACUGGGUGCCAGUGCAAGGAGCUGAGGACUACGUGGCUUGGACCACCAAUGGCCAAAACUGUAAAAACACAGCCAGUAACCACUGUUACAUCAGUCCUGUGGGAUGUGGUCAGAAUGAAUCGGUCUCUGUCACUGCUUUCAACUCAGCUGGACCUAGCUUGCCCUCACCACCAGCUGACUACGUCACAUACCCCUGUUCCCCAGACGACAUCUGGGUGGAGGAAGCCCAAGCUGACAACUGCUCAGUCAUGUGGGAUGAGGUACCCCUGGCGGAGUUCUACAUGGCUUUUAUAAAGAGGGACGACGGUAGCGAGAAGUUGUGCAACACCACUGGAACCAGCUGCCACUUCCUCUGUGUGUGUGGUUACACCUACCUCACCAGCAUCUUCCCCUACAACCAGGCCGGCUCCAGUCCCUUUGUACAUGUGCAGAACUACACCACGAUUCCAUGCUGCCCAGAGGGUGUUUCUUUACAGUCAGUUUCAACAGAGACCCUGGAGAUCACAUGGUCACCGGUCAAAGGGUCAGAACUUUAUGAGACGACAGCAAAGCAGGUUGAUGAAGUCAUCCGCUGUAAUGACACUGCACCGGUGUGCGUGCUGUCAGAUUUGAGGUGCAACAGCGUUUACUCUGUGGUGGUCUCACCGUGUAGCGAGCUGCGAGGGUGCAACCGCACUUGCAAGCCCCACACCCACGAGACAGCUCCGUGUUCUCCAGAGAUUCUGAAUAUGACCCAGUUCAACGAGUCUUCAUACAGAGUCCAAUUUACCACCCCAAACGCCCAAAAUACAGAAUACGCCAUCACUGCCACCGGGCGCUAUGAUACACACACUUGCCACGGAAGAAACGCUUCCUGUGAUAUAACACGGUUGCCGUGUGGUUCAACAUACGAGGUCACAGCCGUGGCCACUACAAACGCAGGACGGAGUCUACCCGGAUACAGUAACAUUUUAGAAACAGGUCCUUGCUGUCCCACGUCUAUGAACGUGAGCCAGGUCACGCAGGCCAUGACCAAUGUGACCUGGUUCGUCGAAAGUGGAGCUCGCUCAUACAUUGUCACGCUGAGUUCGUCACACGGAUACGCCAAGUGCCACACUAUGGACAUCCAUUGCUUGAUGGGAUGUAUUAGCUGCAGUACGAACUACAGCGUCACCCUGGAAGCCAUCAGCAAUACUGGACACUCCUCCGAGUGCAAAUAUCACGGCUUCUCAUCAAGUGCCUGCUGCCCGACCAAUGUCAAACUGUAUCGCUGGGCCAACAACUCCCUAAGGGUGUACUGGCACUCCUCCUGGACUCCUCAGAUCCAGGAGCACACGGUGGAACUGUAUGGGACGGCUGCCAACUACACAUGCCUCGCGGCUGCCAACAGUAAAUUCUGCGACAUCCAGGAGGAAAGCUGUGGGGACGUCUACACGGUUGUGGCGGCGCCAGUUGGACCCAAUGGCAUCAAAGUCAACUUCUGUCAGCAGCGGACAUACUCAGUUCCUUGCCCAGGAUUGAACGGUGGCAUUGUGAUCUCUCGUGGAAGAAGAAGCAUAAAAUAAAGAGAGCCUCCGAACAACACCACAGCAUGGAGGAAGACUAUAAUUACAUCCAAAGUGUGUACAUGGAUGUCAUUUUAUACUUCUGUUUAGGAAUGAUCUAGUGCAUCACUGAUGUUUGCUAAAGAUAUGUAAUUGUGUAAUAUGUCUAUUUUAUGCAGCAUGAUUAAAAAAGCUAAAAUAAUACAAGAACAUAUUUUUCAUACAUUAUACUAGAAUAACAUCCAGUUGAGUGCAAGUUGAACAGUCCUAAUUUUGGAUCAGCACCAAAUUUUCCUGCUUCACUGUCACACAGAGAAAGAAAGGGAAAGAAAAUGUUGAAAAAUCUCUGUUAGCAUUAAUGCUAGUGCUAAAACGAAAUGAGACGUGUCCAGGCAUAUUAUAGACCAGCAGUCCUCAACCACCAGGCAAAGACUGAACAAAAAAAUAUUUUAUUUAUUAGCUUGGAGUACACCGUACUCUGGUGUUUGACAUGUACCACCGUAUACGUCAAACCAAGAAAAAAAACCUCAUUAAAAUACAGAUUUAUUGCGACGGGUGAUUCUCACACACCAAUCUCACUCUGUGUAUAUGUGGAGAAAGACUCGCAAACGAGGCAAUGAAGCCUCUAAACCGCAUGGUUGUUUGUUUAUAUGUGCCCUGCAAUUGGCUGGCGACCAGUUCAAGGUGUACCCCGCCUCUCGCCCAAAGGUAGCUGGGAUGGGCUCCAGCACAUCCGAGACCCUAGUGAGGAUAAGCGGAAUGGAAGAUGAAAGAAUGAAUGAAAGUUUAUGUAACCUGAAGAUGGAGGUGAUAUCAAUGCAGAAAUGGAAACUGCACAGUAAUCCCAUCCAUCCGUUUUCUAUAGUCCUUGUCCUCAUUAGGGUUGCGGGUAAACUGGAGCCAGCUAACAUUGGGCGAGAGGCAGGGGACACUCUGGCCUGGUUGCCGUUGUAUCGCAGGACACACAGAGACAACCAAUCAUUCACAUUCACACCUAUGUGCAAUUUAGAGUCUUCCAUGAACCUAAUAUGGACGUUUUUGAAAUGUGGAAGGAAGCCGGUGUACUUCGAGAAAAUCCAUGCAAGCAAGAGGAGAAUAUGAAAUCUCCACACAGUACAAGAUUUGAACCUUAAACAGGCGUAGUGACCACUACGACACUGUGCUGCCUCAGCAAUAUUCCGUAAAAAUCCCAAACCAGAGAGAUAUGUCCUUAGGUAGUUUGUAAAUCCCAACUCCCCUCCCCCAAGCAGGUGGGUGUAAACAUUAAACAGGGUCAACUAAUGAAGUGGGUCGGGGGGCCCGGAGUCAUCAGGCCUAUGGAUGAUCCGUGUGAUU